AUGCAAUAUUGGAAGAUUUUGGCCAAGCAGUGCUGUGCUUCUAAGGAUAACAUUAUUAAGAAGACAGGUAGGAGUAUUCCUAUAAUCUGUCCAUUAUGUCGCAAAAGUGGAGAGUCUCUUAGCCAUAUUAUCUGGCAUUGCAGAUUUGCUAAGCGUAUUUGGAAUUGGGCUGCGGGAAUUUUCUCAAUUCAGCCGGAUGAAGAUUUGUUGACUUCUUAUGCUGCUGCCAAGGGCCGAAGUAGGAUGAUUAAAGAUUUGUGGCUUGUUACUAAUCUGGGUUAUAUGUAUAACAAUGAAGGGGAUUUGAGGAUUAUGAAUUAUUUUCGAGUUCAACAUAGAUCUAGCAGGGUUUCUACGCCUGUUGAAGUCAGUUGGGCUCCUCCAAAUCCUGGUGAAAUCAUGAUCUGCUGUGAUGGUGCGUCUUUUGGUAAUCCAGGUCAUGCGAGAGCUGGUGUUAUAUUUCCUGAUGCUAACUCUGUAGUUCUGGGAGUUCUUUGUGUGGGUCUAGGAUGGCAGACCAAUUUAUGGCUAAGAAGUGGAGUGUCAAGAACAUCUGCAUUUGUUCAGAUUCGAUGA